GCUAGCGGCUCGAGCUCCGCGUCACGAGACCUGCCACUCACCGAGAGCACCCGGGCCAAGCUGAACGCCACCACUCGAUCGUCCACCGAGUACGACCUAGCCGACCGACCGUCGCAGAUUGUCAGCAUUUCCGCACAUGGCACCACGACGCACACCGACCGGUACUCAACGAACGGGAGAUACUCGACUUCAUCGCGGCUUUCGAGCGAGCCCGGACGGAGCAACUCCGGGUGGUUCCAGGUGCCUAAGAACCUCGACAUGCACCGCUUCUCGUCGACGUCGUCCACAGCUUCGUCCGUUGUGGCGAGGAAGCACAACCCGGUGUCGUUCAUCAACCACGACCUCACCCAGACUCCGACUGCAGAUGCGCCCGUCACCACGGACAGCACCACGUCACGAACUGAUGUCCCUGACUGGUAUAGCGUCAUUGAAUCCCCUACGGACAACGAUCGAUACACUACCUCAUCACUCGAUAGCGACAACAUUAGCGACGAGCGGGCAUCAUUCGAACUG